AUGUUUAUGGAGAGUGAUGACGCCCACACAAGUGUGAAAGGUUCCUAUUUUCGCCGAAUCUUCAACACUCACUAUAAUCUUGGAUUUGGUGCUCCGAAAACUGACGUAUGUUCAAAAUGUUUAGAACUCAAUGAAAAAAUUAAGAUCGAAACUGAUCCAAACAAGAAAAACGAAUUAAUAAUUGAAAAAAGAGUUCACUCGUUGCGCGCAAAGGCUUUUUUCGAAAAAUUAAAGGAAAAAGAAGAUGGCUUGAAGAUCAUAUCUUUUGAUUGUCAGAAGAACCUGCCUCUCCCAAAAGUCCCAGACCAGAUUUGCUAUUAUAGCCGUCAAUUAUAUUUCUUUAACCUGACAAUGGUAGAGGGCUCUUCUACCCUACCGAUGAUAAAAGAGCGCGUUUUCUCAUACUAG